AUGCUCAUCUACCUGACCACAGUUCCGCAGCAGAUGGAGGUCCCCUUGGCGGAAGAGGCGAUAGCAGAGUCGACGUUGAGAGGCGUCGAGGAGAGCAGUAUCAGCAGGCGGCAUAGGGGCUGUAGCCCCCAACAGCUCAUCUUCAUCCGUCUCGACCUCUUCCUCCGAUGGAGGCCGUGUAUUGAUCCAAGACAAGAAUCCAAGUCCCGGGCGAAGCCGGGUAGUAAGCUUCCCUCCUUCCGUCACGGUGUCAACAUUAUCAACGAAUCCUUAGGGGCGUGCUUCUACCUGGAGAAUCAGUUCAAGGCACAGGGCACAAAACUGAUGCCAGAUGGAGCAGCAGAGCAGGCCUUGGUUCUGCAGCGCACAUUUGAGGUCCUCACCUUGCAACAGAAAUCUGGGGAUGUCAUCUACUACAACUGGCGCAUUCCAGUGCAGGAGCGGCACAACUCUGCUCUGAAACGAAAUACUGAGGCAUUGGCAAAGGAGCUGUUGCUAUGGGAGGGGUAUCUUGCCAAGAUGGGCCCAGGUUCCUACAUUGCUGGAAAAGCCUUCACCAUCGCUGAUGCUGCCUUCUUUCCUACCCUUGCUUACUGCUUCAGAUUUGGACUGUCUGCAGAGAGGUACCCGAAUCUGGGUGCCUACUACAAGCUGCUGGAGCAGCGUCCGAGUGUGCAGGCGUCCUGGCCUCCACACUGGAAGGAGAAUCCACAGACACAGGAUCUUCUCAAGGAGAUAUAAACAUCCUCCACGUUGAUUUAGCCUGUACUCAAGUGGGGUUUUGACUUCUAUUAUCUAAUAUGAUAUAAAAUGAUUUUGUAGUCUUAAAAACCAUUGUUUCAUUGCAUAGCUCUGGUUUUUUAACAAAAGCUAAGAUCACAAUGUAUGGGAUGUAUUGUAUUGCCUUAAUGCAUUUGAAAUUAAACACCUUAAAUCUCAAAAUGCUUUAGAGCACCCCGCACCCCCCAGUUGAACUGUAUUGCCAAAUAUUUUGUUAUACACAAUACCACCACACAUCUCGCAAUAUUCCAACCCCGAGUGACAGAAAAGAUCACGCUGGAAAAGCUCACGCGAGAAAUAAGAAAUUUCAAAUUAUUCCCCAAGGAAUAUCUCUCCAAAAAGAGAAAAACUUAGAAGCAGCUGAGGCGAGAUUGACCACACAUCUAUAAUCAGAAUAGCAUCGUGUCACAUGGCCAUCUUUCGAUUUAAAGCUUUCGUGACUGCAGGGAUUCAUCUUCUUGGUUCUUUCGGUAAGUCACGUGAAUGGAAAUAAUAAAAUAAUAAAAUAAACCAAUAAAAUAAUUCUCACGACGUUUCGGCCACAACGCAAGCAGCCGUCCUUUUGUCAAGGCGCCCUUCCCCCCCCCCCCUUCCAACCCAGCUUAAAUAUACGCUCCAAGCAUGGUGAUGUUUCAUUCAGACGCUGUCUCCCCGACAGACCUGGUCUUCACCUGAGGAUGGCUGCUUGCGUUGUGGCUGAAACGUCGUGAGAAUUAUUUUAUUAUGUUUUAUUUUAUUAUUUCCAUUCUACGUGACUAUACCGAUAGAACCAAGAAGACACAUGGUCAUCGUCACGUGAUUGACCACCCCACCCGCCUCAACUUGAGAACAUCCAAAUGGCCACUCGUGGGGCAGUCCUUGAUUACAAGGAACUCCUGAAACCAUCUUGAGAGAGAUUCAGAGCAACGACACAUUCAUGAGAUUCAAAGAAAGAGUUUAAAAUUAUCAAUUUUUAGGGUGAGGCGAUAGUCAUUUCAUGCCAAGAUUCUUGCCAUCGACCCUGAACCAGCUGACAAACGUUUGGCAUUUGCCAAGAUAUUUCUAAACGCAAAUGCAUUGAUCACAUAUUUGAUCAUUUAAGUGCACCGGUGGAUUAAGAAUUUCCAUAACUGAGUGAUAUUAACGUACUGCUCUUGAGCUUCAUUGGUUCGCUGCCCGAAUGAAGCUCGAAGCGGUUUGAACAACCCCGGGUUGAAGUAUGGCGCUGUUUGAACAGGUCGCGUUUAGUCUCGCCUUGUGAAGGGCGACGCGAGUGUUGCCGGUGUGAAUUCAUCUGGCAUGUGUCGUCUUACACAAAGCAGUUGUGACGGGGAUUGGACCCAAAGCUAUACACGCACAUUAAAGCCAUGUCCACAUCAGCUGUACAAUCCACGUUUUAGGAGCUCUCUUCACAGCUGGCUCAGCAAGAGAUCGAUAAGCCACGUGUAGUUAUAGCCUCGUUGUAUGAAGAAAAUUUUAAAAGUAUAUUCAUUAACUUAAAUUAUAAUUGUUGGGUUAAAAUAAAUGUGAAUCCAUGUUUGAUUCAUUGGAUAAAUGGAACUCCAUAUUUAUGCUUACAUUUGAAGUUUAUUUUGAUAAUUAAUUUGUAAAAUAGCCGUGGCAAUUUUUGGUUGAUUUACAAGAUUAAAAUACGAGGUUGGG